GAUCGAUCUCUCUAUCUCUGUCUCUUCGAUCACUCUUGGAAUUCUCAUUCGGAGGUGCUUCUCUGCUCGAUUUCUCGAUUUGGGUUCGUUUCAUUUUCGCCGUUUUCAUAGUAUUUGAAGAUGUAUCUGAGAUGGGCUUUGAGAAAUCUAACUUCCAAAGCGAGAUUUCAUGGGGAGAUUGCAAAUGGGCUCUUCAGGUCCUCCACAGCUUCUUCUGCCUCUGCUUUCAGUAGGAAGCCUCUUGAGAUCUCAAAGGUUUUGGGUUGCAGCGAAACUUACCAUUGGGGUUCGCACACCUUCCAUGAUGUCAGGUAUCAAAUUCACCAUGAGAGGAGCUCCAUGGUUGAGGAACCACUGGAUCCUUUUUCCCUUGUCGCGGAUGAACUAUCGAUCCUUGCUAAUAGAUUGCGAUCGAUGGUGGUUGCUGAGGUCCCUAAGCUGGCAUCUGCCGCCGAAUACUUCUUCAAGAUGGGGGUUGAGGGGAAGAGAUUCCGUCCCACAGUGCUGUUGUUGAUGGCAUCAGCUCUGAACAUGCCCAUACCUCAAUCCGCUGCUGACGGUGUGCUUCAAACCAUAUCGAAGGAACAGCGCGCCAGACAGCAAUGUAUUGCUGAGAUCACUGAAAUGAUCCAUGUGGCAAGCCUUCUUCAUGAUGAUGUCUUAGAUGAUGCGGAUACACGACGUGGCAUUGGUUCUUUGAAUUUUGUAAUGGGAAACAAGCUUUCUGUACUGGCGGGAGAUUUUCUGCUCUCCAGAGCUUGUGUGGCUCUUGCGUCAUUAAAAAACACAGAGGUUGUGACACUACUGGCAACUGUUGUAGAGCAUCUUGUUACCGGGGAGACGAUGCAAAUGACAACUACAUCUGAGCAACGUUGUAGCAUGGAAUAUUACUUGCAGAAGACAUACUACAAGACAGCAUCAUUGAUUUCUAACAGUUGCCAAGCCAUAUCUCUUCUAGCUGGCCAAACUGCGGAAGUUUCGAUGCUUGCUUACGACUAUGGACGAAAUCUGGGAUUGGCAUAUCAGUUGAUCGAUGAUGUCCUUGAUUUCACCGGCACGUCAGCUUCCCUCGGAAAGGGCUCCUUGUCCGACAUCCGCCAUGGAAUCAUAACAGCCCCAAUAUUAUUCGCCAUGGAAGAGUUCCCUCAACUGCGUGGAUUGGUUGAUCGGGGCUUUGAUGACCCUUCUAACGUUGAUCUCGCCCUUGAUUACCUUGGAAAAAGCCGUGGUAUCCAGAGGAGUCGGGAGCUAGCAGCCGAGCACGCCAACCUUGCUGCCAUGGCGAUUGAUUCUCUCCCAGAAAGUGAUGAUGAAGAUGUCCAGAUCUCAAGACGGGCGCUCGUCGAUCUCACCCAGCGAGUUAUCACAAGAACGAAGUGAAGAACAAAAAAGUGCGUCUUCUCUCCAUCAAUUACGUAAAAGAAGAAAAAUACGAAAGGUUAGAUCAUUCAAUCGAUCUCCAGAAAUUGUUCUUUUGAUAUUCUUUUAAUUAUUUUGAAGCAUUUUCUGUCUCUUUGCUUUUUCUUAGUUUUGCUCGAUCUGGAGGAUCGGAAUUCUUGCUGUAAAGCUAAAUUCCUUGGUUCCUAUAAUUCACAGCUGAAAUGGCUGUGGUCAUCA